AUGGCGUCUCUCCUGCAGUCCCGUCCCGUCUGCUCGACCGUUCGCAAGCAGUCGACGGUUUUACCUACCUAUCUUCAAAAUGCUUCGCAGUCCGUUGCUUCUACUUCAAGGACAUGUAGCUCAUUCUCUACACUAUCUUCAUCCUCUAGAUUGAUCAAUUCUCAACAUUGCCUCCGGUCCCUCCAACGCUUCAAUCCCCGCUCCGCAGCUCCUACACAGCAAUGCCGGACCUUCCUGGUACAAUUAAAACGCCAGUCCCAGACCCUGAAAGAGAACGCCCCUUCGACAGCUACUCCCCUCCCAUCAUCGGCCAACUUGCAACUCACAAAUCUUCCCUAUUUCAUUCGUCGUACUGCCUCGAACCAACUUCCAGUAUACCUGGUCACCAAGGCCGGUGGUACCAAGCAGCAGACCAAGAUACAGAAGACCGAAGGUGACCUGGAUGCUCUUAGGAACGACCUUGCACGGUAUCUGGGUCUUGAGUCCGGCGAGCCUCGCUCCCCCAAGAGCUCAGACAUUACAAUCAACCGUCUUAAUGGACACAUCAUUGUCAAGGGUUGGCGAAAGCCUGAGAUUCAGAAAUUCCUUUUGGAGCGUAAUUUUUAG